GACUGAGUGCUCCAAGAUCGAUUUCUUCGCGGUGGACUACCCGCCCAUCACCGCGCAUUGCUGCGCCUCGCGCAUCACUGCGGAGAAUCCGGACGAAGGCUUCAAGCCCACCAGCGGCAAGAUCAACAGCGUGAGGUUCCAGUCUGCCGGUGAUUGCUGGGGCUACUUCAGCGUCGGCCUGAAGGGUGGCAUUCACGAGUUCGCCGACUCGCAGUUCGGUCACAUCUUUGCCAAGGGCCCGAACCGUGAAGCCGCGAGGAAGAGCUUGCGAUUUGCACUGAUGAACCUGGACAUCUCCGGUGACAUUCGUCAUCCGGUGGACUACUUGGUUGACCUGCUGGAGACCAAGGCAUACAAGGAGAACACCAUUGACACCAUGUGGCUGGACGG